UCAAACUUUCAACGUGCAAGCAAACAUCUUUCGAGGGCAAACAGCUCCGAGGGGCCUGAAAUCGUUGUGCAGGUUGACAUGGUUGAAGGUGUACCUAGUUUGUGCCUGAUGAAACCUGACGUGUGUUUAGAAUCUUCAGACGUAUAAAUGCUGUAGGUGUGUACAUAAUCAUUGCUUCCAUUGCAUGUCGUCGUAAAUGCUGGUGUGUUCCCACUUGAUAUCGCGGAGAGACAAGUGAGCGUUCAUAUCCAACUAAUGAAUUUGGAGAUCUACUGUCUGCUAAAAGAUGUCAUUCGUGUUAGUAUUAAUCGUACUGGCAGUGACAUACGCCAUCUGGAAGAUGACGGAGGGGAAGAAAGCUGGUGUAGGAAGAAGAUCUGGUGGAUCAAGCAAAUACCAUCCUGCCCUUUGCAAUCCGGAUAGGUUCAAGACCACUGAGGAGGUCACACAAGCACUGCGCACUGCUGGCUUAGAGAGCAGCAACUUGAUAGUGGCCGUGGAUUUCACUAGGAGUAACUUACAGCAAGGAGAGAGGACAUUUGGCAACAGAUCCUUGCAUCACAUUGAUCCAAUCAUCAGCAAUCCAUAUCAGAAAGUCAUGUCACUGGUGUGUCAAACACUGGCACCGUUCGAUGAGGAUAACCUUAUCCCAGCGUAUGGAUUUGGUGACAUCGUUACUAAAGACCGCGCUGUGUUCUCUUUCAACCCUGGGGAGCAGCCAUGCCAUGGUACGCAGCAGGUUUUGGAACGCUACUCCCAAAUCGUACCACAGACACAACUGAGUGGUCCAACCAGCUUUGCUCCAGCUAUCGACAAAGCGGUCGAAAUUGUGAAACACCACCGCUCCUAUCAUAUUCUCGUCAUCAUUGCUGAUGGGCAAGUGACUAGUGAGAAGGCAACACGUGAUGCUAUAGUCCGUGCUGCUAACUAUCCACUAAGUAUUGUUGUUGUCGGUGUGGGAGAUGGUCCUUGGGACAUGAUGAAGGAGUUUGAUGAUUCCAUUCCGGCAAGAAAGUUUGACAACUUCCAGUUUGUGGACUUCCAUCGGUCCGUGAGUGGUUCAGAUUUUCCCGAUGCAUCCUUUUCGCGUCAUGCUCUGAUGGAGAUUCCAGAUCAAUUCACUGCCAUCCGCCAACUUGGUUUACUGGAUUUUUAGACCCACAGAUCUGUAGACUUCUUUUCCCUUCAUAGGCACAUCUUGACUUCUACGGAUUUGUCGUCUUGUCGUUAGUUAGCCAGUUAGCAAUAUUUUUUGCUGUUUAGCAUGGGUAUAGCUGUGUUAGUCAACCGAAUUUCCCCAGAGGUUUAGCAGUUUAUUGAGGUAUUGUAGGGAAUAACAGGUAGGAAUUUUGAGUGUUUAUGUUGUGCUCAUCUACAUUUAGUCAUUCUCGUCACAUGUACCGGUAUACAGAACUUGCUACCGAGAACAUGUUUCUGAGAUAAUCGUGCCUAUAAAUUACUGCUAUCCACUGUGAAUAUAAUUUGAUAGGCUAUAUACAAUUUUGACAAGCUCAGAUAUCGCAGUAACACAUUUUUUUAUGGGCAACCCGCCAAGUUUUCCAUAACGCGUAUUUUAAUACAAACAAAUCGUUUUAUUAUAUAAUGUCUUCAUGCAUGUAUCAAAGCAGAAAGUAGUAAAGUAAUCUUCCCGAACGUA